GGCUCUGCUAGGGUUUUGCUUGGAACAAGUGUAGAGGAUUCAUCCGCGUUGUUGUUCUACUAGAUUCAUGCUAGUUUGAACUUCACAAAGGUUGAUAGAACCCCUCUGUACAAUUCGAGUAAAACGUUUUCUUAAUCUCCGACUGUGAGCUUUUUCUCUCCUCUUGAGAGUUUCUUCAACAAUCUUAAACUCUCACCUUUGAUCCAAUUAUUCAACCUGAUAUGGAGGAAUCAACUCGGAACAGAAACACCAUUCACGAUACCACUCUUACCGUGGAAAAUCUCACACUCAAUGAUGAUGAAGACGAACUAGAGAUAACACUAGAUGAAGAAUCACAUGUCAACAAACAAUCAUUCAAUUUGGUGGGCAGGUUCUUGACAAACAGACCCAUCAGAGUGAAUAUGAUGAUGGGGAAGAUGGGAGAUAUUUGGCAACCUGGAAGGGGAAUGGAUGUUGAGGAAGCAUACCCAGGUUUGUUUGUGUUCAGAUUCUUCCAUCAAUUAGAUGUGCAACACAUAUUGAAACAAGGCCCAUGGUCUUUUGAUAAUCACACUCUUGUCCUAAAUAUACUUUCUGAUGAUGUUGACCCACGGGAUGUUCCACUGUUUAAUGUUCCAUUCUGGAUUCAAAUUCACAAUUUACCAUCAGGAUUUAUGUCACAAAAGGUAGGAAAGAAUGUGGGUGAUUAUAUUGGAGAAUUUUUGGAAUAUGAUGAGAAGAAUGAUAGUCUUUCAUGGAGGAAGUAUAUGAGAAUUCGUGUCCUAAUAGAUGUUCGAUUACCAUUGAAGAAGUCCAAGAAGAUUAAAAAGCCUGGAGAGGAAAGUAAAUUGAUUCAAUUCAAGUAUGAGAGACUUGGAACAUUCUGCUAUGUAUGUGGGCUGCUAGGACAUGCUGAAAACAAAUGUCCUAAAUUAUUUGACAUGGAAACAACCAAGGUUGUGCGAGGAUGGGGACCAGAAUUAAGAGCAGAGAUGGGAAAGAGACAAGGCAGUGACUCAAAAUGGCUCCGCCAAGGAGGAAAUUCGAACUGGAUUGCACCGGAUCCUACUUUGAUGAGAAGUCAAGGUGGAAGUAAUAGCACAAGUAUUGAAGAGAAAACCAAAGCUAAUAAUGCAGAGAGAGUGCAAAAAUCCCAGCUAGCUGCUAUAUUUAGCAAACCAGAAGCUUUAUUCCCUAAACCAAUAGAAAAUAAAAAUGUCAAAACUCAUAGAGAGACAAUGGAUGAAGAUGAGGUGGAAGUGUUAAUUGUAGAAGGGGAUAGGAAACGAUCUAGAAGUGGUGAACCCAAUCAUGUGCCAAAAAAUAUACAAGUGCAGGAAGUGCCAAAUAGCAGUCCUAGUACAUCAGAUAUUAGCAACAAUGAGAAGAAUUUUUUAACGGCCGGCCCUGGCGGGGCCCGCCGGGGAUAA